AUGAAUGUGUCAAAAACAAUUACUGAAUCAAAAAAUCCAAUUCCAAUCAGAUGUCCAGUUGCUGGUAAAUUUAAUUUUACACAAAGAGGUGACGUACCAUUCGAAACGCGAAUAUUAGGCGGUGUAACGGAUUCUCCGCGUCCAAAUCUUUAUUGUAAAGAAAACAUAUCGGAUUUAUCAGUUUGCGAUACGGAUCAAAAAGAAAUGGCCAUAGAUGAAACAUUUUGUUUGAGCGUCGAUCAUUUGGGAGCUCCCGUCGAUAUUUACAGUGAUCCCGAUUACAAAUUAAAAUGCAUCGGAUUUUGGAAAGAAAAUUUAAAAUCUUAUUUGAUAACCUACGACGAAUUGGAUGCUUUCAGCAAGUACAGAUGUUGGGUCUAUCAAAGAGCGGAUUUAAAUAGAGUUUUAAUGUCGGAAUCCAUCGGAGCUUAUUGCGAUCUUAAACAGGAUGUGACGUCAUGGAAUUACACCGAGGGUGCAGCCGUUGCCAUCGAAAUGCAAGAAUACGAAAGAGAAAGAGAUCAGUGUCCGAUGCAUUUCGACGACGGAACGAAUCCUUGGUUGCUGUCGGAAAACACUUUGAAAAUAUUUUCCUGGGAUGGUUACGGAGCCGCUCACAAAACGGAAAUAAGAAAUUUAUUAUUGUUUGCGAUGGGAGCACUUUACUUAUUGGUUCUCAGAUAA